UCUGUUCUUUUCAGCUAAGUGUUGAACUGGUGCAAUAAGUUAAAGUGAGACAAGUAUAUUCUUUCUCACUCUAACUUAUUGCAUCAGUUCAGCAGUACAGCUGAGAAGAACAGACCAUUUGUCUGUUUUUUAUUGUUGAACCGGCAGUUUUCUCUUACUUUCUUCCACCAAAUUGUAUUUGUAUAUUUAUCUUUUUUUAAAUUCCGAAAGUGUACACUAGUUCAGCAUUAGAAAAUAAACCCAGUGUAUCAAACAGCCGUAAAUAUUCUCGGGGAAGACUGAUGAUAUAAUCACCAAACAAGAAGAAAAGAGAUGAUCCUAAUAAGGGAUGAAAACAUUAAAUAACGAGUGAAUAGUGUCUGACGUGUCGAAACAAACGAGAAGCGGUCCAAAGUUAUUACUUUCGAGAUCCGUUUACGGCGUUGAAAAUUUACAGAAUUGGUGGUAAACAUGAGUUGACUUUUUCCAUCGUGGAAACGUGUUUGCGACAGUUCAUCCGUUUCUUUUUUCCGCAAGUUUUUUCGUAGCACUGCAAAUGUUCCUUGAAAUCGUGAAUCACCAAGUACAAUAAUCAACAGAAAUGUCAACAAACAAAGUAACGACGAGAUUCCAAAGGGAAGUGAGAUGCAUAGACUUGAUAGGAGAUGAAAAAUUACUCGCAGAAGUCGACACGACCAACAGGAGAACGCACAUCCGACCUCACUUUGAGCUGCACACACAGUCGUCCUUGAUGAAAAGGAAGGAGCCGAAACAGUAUACAACAAUAUCCUUAAAAAAAUCCAGAAUUUCUGAAGGAAAUCGCGUUUGCAAGAAACGAAGUGGACUCACGAAGCAGAGCAAAAGUUUGCAGGCGCUGAAGACAAUUCUCCGAGAGAAAGACUCCCGUGAGGUGUUUGCUUCUCUUUCAAAUGAACUGAUAAAAACGGUAUAUAGAUUGAAAGAUCGCUCGGAGAAUUCGUUCGUUCCUCUUCAGAACGGUUCCAUUGGAAGUGCGUUCUACGAUUUUGAAAAACAAACAGAACGUCUGACCAAGUCAGAAGUCAAGGUCGAUUCUCGGGACGAGAUCGUGCAAAUUGGGGAACAUCUAGGAAAGUCGCGCGAGGCUUCCUUUCAGGACGGUCAAAGGAGCGAGCAUAGUCGCGAUAUUCAACGCGAUAUGGAAAAUACGUCCUCCGUAUCUCUUCGAAGCAAUUGGUCGAGGGCCAAUUUUAUCUCUAUCGAGAAUCAUCCGUUCGUGGAAACCCGGCGUGGAACUCGGUUAAGCGACAACGGAUUCGAGGAUUUCCGUCAUAAGAUAAAAUCUCAUCAUGAAUUAAAAUCUCAAGGGAAGCCCGAGGACAGUGCUUUGGACGAAGAAUACUCUGUCGAGGCUCAAGUAUACCGGCACGGUGUGUUGCCGUAUGUCACUUGUAACCGCGGAUGGGAGACCUGGAGAAACGAGAGAGCUGCGAUCCAGAUCGAAGACGCCGGUGUCGAUCACUCGCGUGAGUGCGACUCGCGUGAGUACGACUUAGGAGAUAAAAAGUUCGUGAAACAGGUCGAUGAUAUCCAGUUGGCCACGAGUAAUGUCGGGAUGUCGAACCGGAAGAAGUGUAUCGAAUGGAAUCCCGUUUCUAACUUACAAGCUCGGAAGCCGGCUAGAGUCAACAAGGUGUCCACCGUGGAAAACACAGCGUCCUUAACGCAGAAAUCGUCUCGAUUGACAAUGAAAUCGAUCGCUUCGAGAAGCAACCAGGAGCCGAGUAAACAUUCGUCAGUCGAGUCAAUCGUGGGCGAGUCCACGAGAGUGUUGAAGUCUAGAAAGCUGUCCAAACUAUCGGUGAAAGAAAACAGAGAUCCUUGCGCAAGCUUGCGUAUAAAUUGCGCGUCAAAACUUUGCAAACAUCUCGUAGAGACAAGUCAAGCGAAGGAUACUAAGCAGCGAGGAAUGCCGAAUGAAGGAAUGUUGUUGAAGAAAAGACGAUCGACGAGGAAGGUGGUGUGCUUCCCGUCGAGCGAUCUAACAGCGGUCUCGGGCAAACAUGACGACGCAAAGCCGCGGGGCUUGAGAUCGAGGUCAAGGUCGAAGUCAAGAUCGCGACGCUGGCAAUCGCGAUUGGCUACACCGAAGAAUUCUUCUAAGACUCGACGAGAUAUCAACGGCGAUCGUAUCGAAUCUGCUCCGACUUACAAAAAGAGAUCGACACCUUCGGAGGUGAUGCACACAUUGAAGCAGAUCAUUAAUAGUUCAAGAGAUAACGAAGAUGUAAAGGGAAAUGCGAAAAUCUCUGAAAGCGAAGAAGCUUCGAUGUCAACUCGCACCGUUAGCACGCAAACAUUGCCUUGUUGCAAAAAGAAUGUUGUCGAAGCUGGGUGCAAUACGAUGACUUAUGAGGUUUUCUAUAAAGAUGCUGAGGUUUCCUGCGAUCUAGUCGGCUCAUCAAGUUCGAAGACAGACGUUGACCUGUUGGUGAUUCGAGAUGAGCUGGUCUCAGAAGAUGUUUCUAUUCACACGAUCGUGGGGCCUCGACUUAUUCAAUAUACUAAAACCGACGAUGAAAGCGAAUGUUGCGAUGACAUUGAGAAACUUUCAAGCAGCAUCAAUGAUAAGACGCUGAUUGGAGAUAGUACAGAAUUAAAGAGCUGUAUUAGCGCAGAAACUAUAGCAACGUCAGGUGAAAUGAUAGACACUAAUCGUGUGUUCGUCGCGGAAACGAAGACAAUCAUGGCUAAAGAGCAAGCUCACAAAGACGAAAUUCCUUUUAAAUCGUCGGGGAAUCACGGCGACUCGACGAGAAUUGCCGUUGACGGGCGCGAGGAACUCAUAGAGCGUCUCAACGAUUACGAUGCGACUGGCGAUUCCGCGUGCGAUCAGUUCCCGAAGUCUCGUUGGAUACCAUUGUCGCUUUAUGAUUACGACGCAUCUUGCUCCGACAAUUCCGAGGAAUCCAUGGAACAUUUCGAGGACGACGUCCGGCAUGAUGACGCGGUUGCGCCGGAAUUGGGUGUGAACGGUAUACCGAGCGACGUGCUCGUGGCUUUCCAGCUCGCCGCGAAGUAUGCACGCAAUCUUCAUCAAGCUGUGUUGCUGUACAACGAAAGUCUGAUGUCACAGGAAUCCGAGAGACAGAGCAAAACAGUUAGCGAGGAUCACAGAACGAUAUUCGGGAACAAUCGAUGCUAUGUCCACAGAAGCGCUUCCUUCCUGAGUUGCAAAAGCGACGGUAGACCUAAAUCGAAACGUGACACAGAAUAUCAGCUGAUCAUGACGAGCGACGAGGACUUCGACAAGUUCUCCGCGUGCUCCUCAAACAGCAGAUACUCCCUUCACUCGCAUCAGUUGGAACUGCGGAACUUCGAGGCUCGUCGGACCAGUUCUCCCGAGAUCAAUCUGGAGGAGGAGAACGUCAUUCUUCCGCAGAGAGUGGAAACCUCGAUGAAGCUAGUGCAGAAACGCUCCGACCUUAUGCUUGUGGACGUGAAGUCGUUCGUGCGACUGCUGGUACAUCGCACGCCAGAGGAGCACGCACUGGAAGUGUUGAAGCUGGAAGAACUCGUGGAGGACGGUAAACUUGAAGACGACGAAAAAGUGAAUGGCACCGCGGCGGUCUUCGCAAGCGAACUCGUUUCGGUUAUAUUGCGCAAACACUUGAUUCCUCUUAUCUACUGCCUUUUCUGCACUUUAGUGUUCUGGUACUUGCAGUUCUCGUUCACGUGCAACUCCAUCUAAUGAUCUAUUCGCAAUCGUCUAUCGCGGUAUCAGGAGCAUUAACACGUUCGUUUAUUUUUAUAUGCAGUGACAUGAAAAUAUAAUCACAUUUUAAUUUUUCUAGUGGAUUGACGUUACGUUUCAUUUUGUUUCAAUAAAUACGUUCUCUGUA